UUCCCUCUCGCUGUUCUCCCAAAUCCCAGGGACGACUUCUCAAAAAAAAAAAAAAAAAAUCAUCUUCUCUCUCGCGUUCUCAGGUGUGUGACUUGCGCUCUUUCUGAGGAAAUUGCUGCUGCUUCUUCUCUCUUGCUUGCUCCUUGUCCGUCAGUUGAGUUUACUCUCCAGUGAAGUUUCAGAAACUCUAAUCAUCCAAAGUGGUUUUGGCUUUCUGCUCAUAUGUUUGACAAAAUUCCUUAGAGAACACAAAGUAUAAUACGGGGGAAGAUAAAGAGAGGCCAACAAAGCACAGAAUCUUCACAUAACAAUCUAGAUGUCAAUGGAGUCCUUGUCCAUCCUUCCUCAAAUUACCAUUACAAGGUCCUUAGUAAGUGAAAAAACUAGAACUAGAACUCCCUUUAAGCGGACACCACCUAAGUUUCUAGAACUGCCUAGAGGUCCCUCAGAAAGCAAAUAUUUGUUUAGAAGAAGGCUAUGUUUAAGCAAUGGAAAUGGUGAAAUCAGAAGAAUUCCACAUGCGCUUGGUGAUAGAGAUGGCGUGAUCAUUGUCGACCAUGGAUCGCGGCGCAAGGAAUCAAAUCUCAUGCUGAAUGAGUUUGUGGCCAUGUUUAGAGAGAAAACUGGGUACCCAAUUGUAGAGCCUGCUCAUAUGGAGCUGGCAGAACCAUCAAUAAGAGAUGCAUUUGUUUCUUGCAUUCAACAAGGUGCAGAUCGUGUGAUUGUAAGCCCAUUUUUUCUCUUCCCUGGACGACACUGGCAUCAGGAUAUUCCUUCCUUAGCUGCUGAAGCUGCAAAAGAACACCCUGAUGUGUCUUAUAUCAUUACUGCACCUCUUGGUCUGCAUGAUCUACUUGUGGAUGUUGUUAAUGAUAGGAUCAAACACUGUUUAAACCAUGUAGCAGGAGAUGCUGACGAGUGUGCAGCUUGUGCUGGUACAAGCAAGUGCAGGCUAUAUUAAUUUAGAAAUUUACAUAUUAUGAAAAUGUCUUACUGUAAGAGGCUAUUUCACUGUGAAAUCUGAUGGAAGCAUCUUGCAAUUGAAUAUAUAUGGGUUAUGCAAUAGUGUUGUGGCCAUGAAUUUAAAGGAUGCACAAUAAGGUAAAUGGAAGCUUUUAUGAAGCCUUAUAUGCAUUGAUGUUGCCUGCUGUCAAAGGAAGACCAAAGACAUGUUGCAUCCAGUUUUUCCAAUCUGCAGUUCCUCGAAAUUAAUGUGAUCUGAUUGUUUGUGUCAACUGAGUUUGGUACACUCUGGUGAGACCAAAUGGAAAGAAAUGUUUUAAUGUUGUUGUGAUUCUUUUGUGAAGACAUCCUAAACCACCAUGGGAGAAUUUGGUGGUGUUAGACAUGAAAUCUAUUUGCUUAAUUUUUUAGCUGAAAUGAAAGUUGUGUUAGUGGUGCUGAUC